GGCUGAGUAGAGUGGGUUUUUGAACAAUCCAAUGCAAAGUGUGCCCAAUCGUCCCUCGACAUCAAGCGCUGAAGUCUUUUCCAGAUUUGGUAAAAAAGAUGGUUGGACUCGGUUUUUGGAUCUAAUGCAAUUCGCAUUUGAGGUAACUGAACGAGAAAAAGAAAAACAGAAAGAAGGGGGACAAUCCGCAUGGAAGGGAAGCAUAAUCUCUAAGCGUGGGGCUUGGGCUUGCUUGUAUAUAAAUGUUGGAUCUGACGAGGCAGUGACCAAUAAUAAUGGAGCAAGUCGAAAAGGAAGAGAAGGGCCACCUCAUUUUUCCAUGCAGAAACAGUCGGGUCAUAUGCUUAUCCAAAUGUCGGUUAACGACACUGCCUUUCUCCAAUGCUUACACGGACUGUCCAUUGUUCCAUAUGUACCAGAAUGGACUAGAGUCUAUAAAUAGCACGCUUGUCAAAAAGGAGAGACUAUAACACUUUUCACUUCUUUUUAAAUUUUUUUAAAUUAUAUAAAUACAUAGACUUUUUUUCGCUUUUUUUGUA